AUGGUGUUUGAAGUGUCUACUUUCAUUACUUCCUUGAUUGGCCUGUUGACUUCAAUACUGAGAUCUGUCCCGAUGUAUGUGGAUGAGAGAUGGCGACCUCCCAGAAGUUGACAGAACACUUCCUGACAUGCACCAUAUGUACAGAGGUGUUUGACAAGCCCUGUACACUUGUGUGUAAUCACACCUUCUGUCGGAAAUGUGUCGUCAACUACACCAAAACCAGACGGGAAGCCCUCAGUGCCAAGUCUCUCCUGUGUCCAUUCUGCAGGAAGAUGACGAAGGUGUCUGACCCCAAGAGACCAGUGGAGGAGUGGGCGGAUGACGUCAAGCCGAGCUUUGUCAUCCAGGGACUGUUGGACUCGUUUGGCCCCGGAUCUAAAGAUACAACUAACUGCAGUUAUUGCAAGGAGGAAGGGGAAACAAUUCCAGCUACAUCUUGGUGUUCUGUUUGUGACGACGCACUGUGUGAACGAUGUACACGGAUGCACCAACGAAUCCCCUCUUUCCGUCACCAUGACGUAGUUGACCUGUCUGGAGAGACAAGGGUCAAGGUCAAGAGAAAGGUCAUGUGUAAAGUUCACAAGGACGAGAAUAUCAAAUAUCUUUGCAAAGAUUGUAAAACAGCUGUUUGUCAAACAUGUUGCACGAUCCAUCACAGGAAAUGUGAGUUGGUUGUUGAAAUUGAGUCAGAGAUUCCUGCAAUGAAAUUCGAGCUGAGAAAGAACAAAAAGAAUUUGUUAAUGAAACACAAUGAGAUGAAAACACAUGUUGGAAAACAAACCUACAAAGUUGGUGAAGAAUUGGCUCGUUAUGUACAAAUAGAAUCAAACAUCAAGUCUGCAAGUCUCAAAGCAAUACAGAUGAUCAAAACCAAGGAACGGAAACUUCUGUCUGAACUGAAAGAGAUGUCUGACAGACACAUUGGACAGCUGAAGGCAGACAUAAAGUCAGGUGAGAUGUCAGUACAGAUGUAUCAACAACAGACUGAGCUAAUAGACCAGGCUCUACAAUCUGAGUGUGACAUGGAUGUGUAUGAGAUGUAUCAGGGAUGUGAGGCCGGUGAUGUGGAGACUGUCGGAGUCUUAGACGUGGAGGAGAAGGGAAGAAUAGACAGGAUAACAUUCAGACAGGACACGGACAAGCUGAGUAGAACACUGGAAGAUCUCCAUCUGGGUGAGAUACACGUCCAGUAUGACGAUGUGCUGGACCUGAAGGCUGCUCCUGUGUUACAGGGCACCAUUACUGUGCUGGACCUGAAGGCUGCUCCUGUGUUACAGGACACCAUUAAUGUGACUGUAGCAGGAGAUGCAGGUAGAGGAGACCCCUAUCACGUAACAAUGCUAGUGGUGAAUGGUACAGACACAGUGGUAGUUACAGACUACAACAACAAAAGUGUCAAGUCCUUCUACACCAGGAACAGUCAGCCAGGUCACAGCAAGCUCAGUCUGGAAGGUAGACCAUGGGGUAUAACAAGGCUGAAACACAACCAGGUGGCUGUCACUGUGCCGGAUACCAGUCAGAUUGUAACAGUUGAAGUGAACCCUGACCUAGUGAUGCUGUCGACCAUCACAACCAGCAAACAGUACUUGGGUAUAACGUCUCUGACAUCAUCAACACUAGCAGCAAGUGCCAAGUCCCCUCCGUGUGUUGAUAUCCUGGAUAUGUCAGGACACGUGCAGAAGACAGUUUGUCGGGGUCACAGAGGUGGAGACAUCUUAAAGUAUCCCUGCUUCCUCUGUACCACGAGGACAGGAAACAUCCUGGUGUCUGACGGUGGAACCAAGUGUGUCGUGUGUCUGACGCCAGAGGGAGAUGUGGUGUUCAACUACAGACCUACGGGAGACACAGCACUGAAGUACCCACGUGGUAUCACAAGUACCAGCACAGGCGACAUCCUGGUGACAGACUUCUCACUAGACAGAGUCAUCCAUCUGACAGAGUCAGGACAGUUUGUUAGAAACAUACUGACACCACAGGAUGGUGUCAAGAAUCCAUGGGGACUGUGUGUUGGUGGGCGUGGUCGUAUUUACUUGUGUAUAGACAAAGUAGUGAAGGUGUUUACAUACUGUAAGUGAGAGAACGUGUCACAAUCUCUUUCUUUAUGAACAUUUGACUUUUGAUGUGAACGUGACGAACCAAACCUGUUGUAGAAAGACACAGCUUGUAAUGUAAUGAGGGUCUGUGGGGUAGCCUAGUGGUUAAAAUGUUCGCUCCUCACGCCGAAGACCCGGGUUUGAUUCCUUACAUGGGUACAAUGUGUGAAGCCCAUUUCUGGUGUCCCCUGCCGUGAUGUUGCUGGAAUAUUGCUAAAAAGCUAAAAGCGAUAUAAAACCAUACUCUCUCACCUACUGGAACGUAAUGUAAUGUAAGCAGCCAUUACUUCUACUUUAUAUUCAGAUAUAUUGUCUCAGUAACAAUGUGUGGUCCAAAAUCAUGUAGAAUAUUGAUAUUUUGAGUUGUAAUGAUUUUGAAUAAUUCUUUCUUUAAGUGACUUUGAUGAACAAUUGUUUUACAAAAUGUACUGAAUGGGUUGUAGGUCUUAUUGCAUGUUUAACAGCAGUUUUCACUCUCUU